GACUCUCUCUCCUUCUCCUCUCUCCUCUCUGUCAUCCAUUCGUCGUUGCUUGCUUUCUUUCUCCCUGCAUAUAUACCCCAGCCUGAUUGAUUGAUAACGCCUUUCCUAUCACAUUAUAUCUUUUCACAUUAUAAUCCGAGUGUAUACUCCGCCUGUCUGCGCAUGAUUACUGCAUCUGCAUACCAUCUUACAUUCCGACCGCAUCACGUACCCGACGACAAUGCCCCCCUCAUCAACGACGCAACGACUCCUCCGCGAACUGAAGGAUUACACGAACUCGCCGAACGAAGCGCUCUUGCAUCUCGGCCCGGUAGAUGAAGAUGAUUUACUUCAUUGGGAGGCAGUCUUGAAGGGCGUCAAUGGGACGCCAUACGAAGGAGGCCUCUGGUCCCUCUCAAUCCACCUCCCCCCGAACUACCCCCUCUCGCCGCCCAAAAUCACAUUCACGACGCGCAUCUCCCACCCGAACAUCUCCUUCACGACCGGCGAGAUCUGCCUGACCCUGUUAACAACCGAACACUGGAGUCCCGUCUACACGCUCUCCACCACCCUCACGGCCAUCCACCAGCUGCUGACGGACCCGCGCCCGGACUCGCCGCUGAACGUGGACGUCGCGGCGCUGCUGCGGGACGGGGAUAUCCCGGCGUGGGAGAGCGUGGUGCGGUACUGGACGGAGGAGGAGCGGUGGACGGAUACGAAGGGGAGUGGGAGUUUUGGGGUGGGAGUACGGUGAGGGGAUGUGAUAUCUAGGGGUUUAUCAUAAUAUGC